GUUGACAAUUUGACUUUGGCAACUCACAAAACACCGCUUCUUCCACAAAACACCAAACGUUUCUCAAAAAAAUUUUUUUAAAUAUAUCAAAAACCAUGCCAAAAUUAGUAGAUUUACGACAAGAUCGCAAUUUAAUUCGCAAUAAUUUCGAUGGCUAUAAACUAUCCCUCGAUAGUAUUCCAAUUAUACGUCAAGAUUUAAUAGUUCCUCCUCUGCGAGCAACUCCCUCCGAUGAUCAAUAUUCGUAUCUUCAUGCCGAAUUGUUUUCCUUGCAAAAUCUUCUAAUUUCUGAUCCAUGGGAUCGUGUAUCUUCUUAUUAUGUUAACCAUCAUCAUGAAAUUAUUAAAUGUUCAUAUGAUGAAAAUAAUGGUAGACCAAAAUCAUUGGUACCAGUUUUUCGUAUUCCAAUUGUUCAUCAACGUGUUGGUGGAGAUUACAAUUGUUCUAUUAAACUUAUAUCAGAAAAAUUCGCUGUAUUAUGCGAUGGUGUACAGGAAUUGUAUAUAAUUGACACUGGCGAUCGCCAAAAAUCAGCUGAAUGGAAGAAAAUAGCUUCCUUCACUAUUUCUAGUGGGGAACGAAACUUUGCUCUCUUUGAUAGUCGAUUGGAUAUGGUCAAUGGGAAGAAAGUCAUCAGUUGUGCCUUGGUACGCAUUGCUAAAGAUGAAUUUUCCCAUUGUUUGAAUAUGCACUGGGCUACUCUCGAGCAGCACGAAAAAGAUCCGUGGACUUUUGAGAUCCACGAUAUUGUAGAAGGCAAAGGGUCACUUUACUAUUGUGCUUUUGAGCCAAAAGCCGAGUGUAUAGUCAUGUCAUCUAAUAGACCUUUGAAAUUCAAAUCAGAAACUGGGUCUGUUGUCGAUGUGGAGUCGAGUCCUAAAGAACAAAACGGGGAUUGUACUUACACUUGGACUCAAACCGAUGAUGACAUUACAGUCAAUUUUAGGUCUGAAAGUGAAGACCCAGAUUAUAAAAUAAAAUCGUCAAAAAAUAGUCUGAAAGUCGAAUGCAAUGGAAAUUGUUUGCUGGACCAAACUUUGUUUUCCAUGGUUGAUGAGUCUCUUACAACUUGGACAACGAAAGAUAAAAUUCUCCAAAUCACUUUAGUUAAAGAAGAUUCGUCUACAGUUUGGCCUUAUUUGGUUGAAGGAGGACCACCAGAAGCCUUGGAAAGCAAUGAAACAAACAUUCCUUUAGAAAACCAACCAAUUCCAAAUCUAGAAGCACCAAUUGAGGAUUGUGAUUUUCCAAUGGGAACACAGGACAAUGAAAUUAAAAUUGAACGUCUUCAUCUAGGAUCAAAAACUGCAACACAUCAAAUUCUCCUCGACAACAGCCCACCGCUAUUCUCAACCAACCUUAGACCUGGUUUUCCAUUAGCUUUAGCUACUCGGCAAGAUGUAGACACUUGCUUGUGGUUGCAGCAAUACAAUCCCAAUAAAACCUCCGAAUGGGGUUUCAGGCAUGAAGGUAAUUUACAUGCUUUUGGCUAUGUCCAAGCAUCAAAGCAACAAAAAAAAUUCAUGGAUUGUGCUCCGGAUUUGAGUUAUGCAGUUAUUUGUGAAUCACAUCGUCAUGUUUUUCUAUACAAAUCAAAUAAUGAUACUGCUGAUGGUCUGAGAAAUCGUUGUGGUUCACAAGUGAGUUUGGGAAAACAACAUUUGAUAACGUUGGAGGAUACUGGUGAGGUUUUGGGUAUUUCGACGCAUAGUUGUGUUAUUACAUUAUUGACAGAGAAAUGUGUUCUAUUUUUGCAAAUAAACUGAAGCCUUGUUUGUUUGGUUUUGUUAACAAUCGAA